AUGAGUGAAACUACUACAUGGGUUCAAUCGUCACCUGCUGCUCCCCUGCCACCGUUCGCCGUUAUUGGUGGCCACGAUUGUGAUGGUACACCAAUUUAUGUCGGACGUGCCUUCCACGAGGGCGAUAAUCUACCCGCCAAGGUUGUACCCAGCAAAGGUCAGGCCUACGUCUGCUGGGGUGGCAUGGAACAUGUCAAAUUUCAAUAUGAAAUUUUGGUAGGCCAGGGUUACGGUUGGCAACCCUGCUACAACGGGGCCGUACCCCCAAAUGCUGUACGCAGUGGCAUGACCAGGACGGGUGAGCCCCUAUAUGUGGGUCGUGGCCACUACGCCAAUUCGUUGUGCGUUGGCAAAAUCCAUCAAUCCCAUGGCUGUCUGUACAUUCCAUUUGGAGGUCAAGAAAUUCGCCUCAACACCUAUGAAGUUCUGGUCUUUGAACAUGUCAACAAUUGGGUGGCCUCAACGCCCAAUUAUACACCACCCGGUGCAGUUGUGGCUGGCCAUGAUACAGAUCGUGCUGUCAUCUAUGUUGGUCGGGCCAUGCACGAAGGUGAACUAUUGCCGGCCAAAAUUAUACCCAGCAAAGGAUGUGCCUAUGUCUGUUACGGUGGCUACGAGAUCAACAAGCGCAACUUUGAGGUAUUGUGUGGACCAGGCUAUGCCUGGAUAAAACCGCAUCAUCAUGUCAUACCGUCAAAUGCCGUGUCCACUGGUCGUUCGCGCAAUGGUGAACCGUUGUUUGUGGGACGGGGUCAUCAUCACGGCAGUUUGACUCCGGGUCUGGUGUCGGUUAGCCAGAGAUGUUUGUUCAUACCCUAUGGUGGACGUGAGAUUCGCAUUAGUGAUUAUGAAGUUUUGAUUAAGCAAUAAGUAGAC